AUGGACCAUGGAGACCGAGGGAUGGGCGUCUCUCACCUUCGCUAUGAGGAAGAGGAAGACCAUCAGUCCAUCUACAUCGGCGUCCCGGUACCUCGAGGAUAUCGACGCAAACGCAGGCGAAGGCGCUCCAGUCGAGAGGCUGCUGACAUGGACAGGGACAGACGCUACAGCCACCACAGACACCAUGAGCAUGACCGCUACAGAGACAUAGACAUAGAGGAAGGACUCAUGGAUUCAGCUGAGCAGAGUCUCCAAGACAUCAACCGCACAAUGUCUCCGGCGGCAGAGCGGCUACGUUACAUCCUGAGCGAGGAUGAUGACAUGCCCACGCCGACGCUCUUCACUGAGAUGGACACUUUACAGCGAGAAGGAGACGAGCUGGAGUGGAAGGAGUCCGCCAGGUGGGUGAAGUUCGAGGAGAAGGUGGAGGAGGGAGGAGAGCGGUGGAGUAAACCCCACGUGUCCACGCUGUCCCUGCACAGCCUAUUCGAGCUCAGAACGUGUCUCCAGACGGGGACGGUGCUGCUGGAUCUGGAAGGCUACUCACUGCCACAGAUAGUUGAUGACAUCAUUGAGAGACAGAUAGAGGAAGGCAUGAUAUCUCCUGACCUGCGAGAGAAGAUCAGCUUUGUCCUGUUAAGAAGGCACCGACACCAGACCAAGAAGCCAAUCCACCGCUCGUUCGCCGACAUUGGCAAGUCCAGCUCCUCAACCAAUCGGAAUGCAGGGUCCCGAGGUGGGCCGGGGUCGGGACCAGGGCCGGGUCCGGGGCCAGGUAUGGGGCCAGCGGCCAACUUUAACCGAUCUACAGAGGACCUCCGAAUGAAACAGCAGCCGACAAACUAUGGCCGUCUGCGUCAUGCUCAGAGCAGGAGUAUGAACGAUAUUGCAGACACUCCCAGCACAGACCAGCUAAAAAACAAAUUCAUGAAGAAGAUCCCCAGAGAUGCAGAGGCAUCCAACGUCUUAGUCGGCGAAGUAGAUUUCCUUAACAAACCUUUUGUAGCCUUUGUCCGCCUGGCCCAAGCUACAACACUAGGAGGUCUGACAGAGGUCCCUGUUCCCACCAGAUUCCUGUUUAUUCUCUUGGGACCCCAAGGAAAGGCCAAGUCAUACAAUGAGAUCGGCCGAGCCAUAGCAACCCUAAUGGUGGAUGAUCUUUUCAGUGAUGUAGCCUACAAGGCCAGAGAUCGGGAGGACCUCAUCGCAGGCAUAGAUGAGUUUUUAGAUGAAGUGAUUGUGCUUCCACCUGGAGAAUGGGAUCCCAAAAUCCGCAUUGAGCCACCGAAGAAAGUCACCUCGGCUGACAAAAGGAAGUCAGUGUUUUCUUUAAAUGAGCUGGGUCAGAUGAACGGUACAGCUGGAGGAGCAGGAGGCCUGGCCGAGGACGAGGAGAUGCCAGCUCAGCAUGAGCUUGGAGAGGAGCUGGCAUUCACUGGACGUUUCUGCGGCGGCCUGUACCUGGACAUAAAGCGGAAACUGCCGUGGAUACCGAGUGAUUUCUACGAGGGUUUUCACAUUCAGUCCAUCUCUGCUGUGCUCUUCAUCUACUUGGGUUGCAUCACCAACGCCAUCACCUUCGGUGGUCUCCUGGGAGAUGCUACCGACAACUACCAGGGUGUGAUGGAGAGCUUCCUGGGUACAGCCCUGGCUGGUACGGUCUUCUGUCUCUUCAGCGGGCAGCCCCUCAUCAUCCUCAGCUCCACUGGACCCAUCCUCAUCUUUGAGAAGCUCCUCUUUGAAUUCAGCAAGAACAAUGGCAUAGAUUACAUGGAGCUGCGUUUGUGGAUCGGCAUCCACUCCUGCCUGCAGUGUUUCAUCCUCGUCGCUACGGAUGCCAGUUACAUCAUCAAAUACAUGACGCGUUUCACCGAGGAGGGCUUCUCCAGCCUCAUCUCCUUCAUUUUCAUCUCCGACGCCAUCAAAAAGAUGGUGGGCUCCUUCAAAUAUUACCCCAUCAACACCGACUUCAAACCUGACUACGUGACCACCUAUAAGUGCGAGUGCCUGGCUCCAGACCCGAUGGCUGCAAUGAUCUUCAAUGGGUUAGUUCCUAUGCCAGAUAACAGCUCGACUGUCUCUGGGUUGAAUGUGACAGCUCUGGACUGGAGCCAGCUGAGCAAGAAGGAGUGUCUGAAGUACGGAGGCUCUCUGGUGGGAAAGUCCUGCAAGUUCGUCCCAGAUCUGGCCCUCAUGUCCUUCAUCCUGUUCUUCGGCACCUACUCCAUGACUGUCUCGCUCAAGAAGUUCAAGUUCAGCCGCUACUUCCCCACCAAGCUGAGGAAACUCAUCAGUGACUUCUCCAUCUUCAUGUCUAUCAUGACGUUUGUUGGACUUGAUAUGCUGAUGGGACUCAAAACCCCCAAGCUGAUUGUUCCCACUGAAUUUAAGCCAACUCGGCCGGACCGUGGCUGGCUGGUGAUGCCUUUUGGUAAGAACCCGUGGUGGGUGUAUGUGGCCAGCUUUGUUCCUGCUCUCCUCGUCACUAUCCUCAUCUUCAUGGACCAGCAGAUCAGCGCUGUCAUUGUUAACCGCAAGGAGAACAAACUUAAGAAAGGCUGUGGCUACCACCUGGAUCUGUUCUGGGUGGGUGUCCUGAUGGCUGCCUGCUCCUUCAUGGGCCUGCCCUGGUACGUCGCUGCCACCGUCAUCUCCAUUGCCCACAUCGACUCUCUCAAGAUGGAGAGCGAGUCCAGCGCUCCAGGAGAACAGCCACAGUUCCUCGGGGUCAGAGAACAAAGAGUGACAGGCAUUUUGGUGUUUGCUCUCACUGGAGUCUCCAUCUUCCUCGCUCCAAUACUUAAGUUCAUCCCCAUGCCUGUGCUGUACGGCGUCUUCCUCUACAUGGGCGUGGCUUCCCUCAGUGGGAUUCAGUUCUGGGACAGGAUUAAGUUGUACAUGAUGCCGUCCAAGCACCAACCGGACUACUCUUACCUUCGUCAUGUUCCUCUGAGGAGGGUACACCUGUUCACGCUGAUCCAGAUCAUGUGUCUGGCUGUGCUCUGGAUCCUCAAAUCCACCUUCUUGGCCAUCAUAUUCCCUGUUAUGAUCCUGGGUCUGAUGGUGGUCAGGAAGAUGCUGGACAUGGUCUUCUCCAGACACGACUUGGCCUGGCUGGACGAUCUCCUGCCUGAGAAAGAGAAGAAGAAGAAGGACGAUGACAAGAAGAAGGGGAAGGGGAAGGAGAAGGAGAAGGAUAAGAAGAAGUCCAAAGCAGAUGACAGUGAGGAAGAGGAGAAGUACCACGCCUACUCCAACCACUCACCCAGCUCAGAGUCGGACUUGGAUCGCAGCAUCACCCUUCACUUGAAGAUCUCCUGCCCGUCAUCUCCGGCCAUCCCUAUGGGCCGAGGAAUGGCCUGCCCCGUGCCCCAGGUCAAGAUUGAGAUGGAGUCAGACUACGACUCAGACAUCGACCACCACCGGCCCCGGGAUAUGAGCAGCGAGACCACGUUAUGA